UUCAGUACAUGUUAAUGUCUUUCUUACAAACAAGUCUCAACACGCCUGGGGGGGUCAGAAUCAGCCCAGGCACCAUUGUGAAGACAGGCUAAGCUAACACGCUUUUCGAGAGACAUAAGCAAAUACUUUCGACUGCAUGUGUUUCCAGGAGUCCGUCUUCUGUUCCUCAUUCUCUGCGAGGUUCCUCUGUCCCCAGGCUUCCCGAAACCACACCAACCUCCCGUCUUCUCUCUGCUCACCGUGUCGUGUUCUUUUGGAAACCCAAUGUAGAUCCUCUUACCUGACCAACCGGGGUAAUGAAAAGCAGUUCAGCCAUGAGAAUCUUCAUCGCCUUUGAAGGAUCCCGUCAGCCUUUUGAUAUCAACCAAGACCAAACUAUUGGGACCAUAAAGGCCAUAAUCAGGGACCAUUUUCAUACGCAGCUGUUAAACGACAGACGGGUGCGGCGAUUCCUGGAGCUGAGGUUCGCCGGGGCCACCCUGCAGGACAGCUGGACUCUGCCCGAUGUUGGCAUCGCUCCCGGAAGCACCAUCAGCUGUCUUUUGCAGGAGGAGAGCCGUCCGAUCCUCUAUGUCUUCUGCUCUGUGACGAAGGAGACCUUGCCCCUGAUGGGAAACAUCAUCCACCUGGGCGCCUCUGUCUCCAGCCUGAAAUCCCUGGUGUCUCUUCAGAGUGGCCUCCCAGUCAGCACCUUCAGGCUGACCACUCAGACAGGCCUGGAACUCUAUCACUGCAACACGCUAAACAGCUACAUUAAAAUGGGAGCCACUCUUCACCUUGAUGUCUGGGACGGGUGGGUGGAGCUCCUGAAAGGCUGUCACCUUGGUGACAAGCACACAGUCCAGCACUACCUUUCUGAGGAUGCGCCCAUUCUAAGGUUCCAGCAGCGAGUGGCUCUAUAUAUGGCUGCAUUUUUUGGACAUUUGGAUCUGGCGGUCUGGCUGCUGAAAAGAGGGGUGCGGCCGAACGAGCCAGUGGGGGCUCAUCCCUACCGUGAGUGGUGCUGGGAGGCAGACCACCCAGAAAUCAACAAGUGUCCCGUCCACGGCGCCGCCGAGGCUGGCCAGCUGCUCAUCCUCAAAGUCUUCAUCAGUGGUAACAUACUUAGCCUAGACUGCCUGGAUCCUGAAGGCCGUACCCCCCUGCAGAUAGCCAUCCGGCAGCGGCACAAGGAGUGCGUGUGCUACCUCGCCUCCAAGCUGUGGUCGGUCGCUUGUUUCCAGGGCUUCACCUUCCCCAUGUGGAUUUAUGUCCAGAUAAAGCACUGGGCCCAAAAAGCCCAGAAGAAGGCUUCCUCCUCCCAGGGCCUGGCGUUCGGAGCAUCGUUUAGAACCAUGGUUGGAAGCAUUGUCUUUGUCGAUGGGUUCAGCAAGCCAAUGAUGACUUCCAAGGCCAGAAACAAGGUGUUUAAGGAAGGUGCCAUUAGAGACGCUGCUCUCCCAGAUCUGGCCAGAAGCAAAGAUCUAGCUGCACCCUCUGAUCACCCUGCUGGCCUGGAUUCCCAGGAUGCACCAGUGCGGCUGCCUCAGCUGCUUCCUGAGAUGGCAAACAGUAAUAGACCCAACAAGGGUAGCAGGGGGAACAGCUAUUUGGAUGGAAGUGGGGAUCAGGACAGGAAGACUUGGGCGACUAAAGUUCCAAUUUCCUGUGACACUCCCCCCCAACAUCAAUCAAAUUGCACUUUGCCUAGCACCUCCCUCAGCCUGACUUCCUCCACAUACUCCUUCUCACAACAAAGACUACGGACACCCAGGGAGAAUGCCAUUCACUGUUUGUCUGUAGCAAGUUCCUUCACGGAGAGGUCCUGGCUGCAGCAGCUAGCUAUCGCUAGGAUACUGACCAAAAGAACCGCUGGAAACACAUUGUAAAGGCACAUGUGUAAAGACUAUCUGCCCCAAUGCCCUCCACUGUCAUGCUCCAAUGAAACUGACCCACUGGUGCCGGCAAGCAUAACUUACUACUCCAUUAUUAUUGGUAACGCUUUAUUAAAGGGAACACAAAUAAUGUAGCAGAACACGCUUACUUAAUGCAUUAAUUAACCAGUAGCUAAGUGUUAGUUACGUAAUGAUCCCAUGCUUGUUCAUCAUUAAUCAAUUAUGAGUAUCUGGAGGCAGGGGCGUCGGAGGGACAUGGAUCCAUUGAAUAUGUAAAAUUAUAUAAUGCAAGGGGGUGGGGGGCAAGGUGAUA